UUGCGAAAUUCAGCUCCUGCGACUUGCUCACCAUGUCGGAAUCACCAUCAAAGAAAGACAAGAAGAGCAAGAAGGAGAAAGCAGCAGCAGCUGCUGCUGAGGGAAUGUCGGAAGACGUGGAGAUGACCGAUACGGUUGCAGCGAAGACGGACAAGAAGAAAAAGGAUAAGAAGGACAAGGACGAGCUAGUGGUACCCAUUGAGGAUCUUUCGCCCAUUGCCCAGCCACUCGCACAGAAGAAGUUGCUCAAGAAGCUUCACAAGACGGUAAAGAAGGCCUCCAAACAACGGCACCUAAAACGUGGAGUGAAGGAGGUGGUCAAGGGGAUCCGAAAGGGUGAAAAGGGUCUCGUCGUUCUCGCGGCCGACAUCACCCCGAUAGAUAUCAUAUCCCACCUGCCGGUAAUGUGUGAAGAUGCGCAAAUACCCUACGUUUUUGUAUCUUCGAAAGAGGAACUCGGUCACGCCGGCUCGACAAAACGACCAACGAGUUGCGUCUUCAUCACUCCAGAUCAGAAGAAAAAGCCCAAGACCAAAGAAGGGGAGACGAUAGCGGAGGACAGCGAGUAUCGCGAGCUUUAUGACGAAUGCUACAAGGAAGUCAGCAAGAUGGACACUGUCAUCGCUUUCUGAGUAUGCUCUCUCCUCUCGCAUGAUCUUGUGAUAAAUGCGUUUACUAUUAAAUCAGUUCACGCGCGAGGUGUUGGCCAAAUCUCAUACGCCUGACGAAGUACUGUCACGCAAACGCAUUAUCGCUGGAUGAUCCUGCAGAUGAUCUCUGGCCAUUCCGGCCAUGUUGACGGUGGUUACCAGUCCCUGUCACAAUAACCUACUCGGCACACAACUCUAAUAGCGUCGCAUAACGCAUACUAAGUACCAGACAAACAGCGAUCGUUCGUUCUUCGUGUCGUGUACGUGUAUUGUACCUUUGAUUCAGGGUUAAGAGCAGCCACGUGGUGGUGAUCGGGCAGUGAAUAAUUCUAGAGCACUGAC